GGAGCCUGUGCUGUUGCUACAAGACUCUUCAGGGGACUUCAGCCUGGCCCACGUCCGGGAGAUGGCUUGUUCCAUCGUCGACCAGAAGUUUCCUGAGUGUGGUUUCUACGGAAUGUAUGACAAAAUUCUUCUCUUCCGCCAUGAUCCUACCUCUGAAAACAUUCUCCAGUUGGUGAAAUCAGCUGGAGAUAUCCAAGAAGGAGACUUAGUUGAAGUUGUCUUAUCAGCUUCUGCUACUUUUGAAGACUUUCAAAUCCGACCCCAUGCUCUUUUUGUUCAUUCUUACCGAGCACCAGCCUUUUGUGACCAUUGUGGAGAAAUGUUGUGGGGACUGGUGCGUCAGGGACUCAAAUGUGAAGGAUGUGGUCUAAAUUACCAUAAGAGAUGUGCAUUUAAAAUUCCUAACAACUGCAGUGGUGUACGUAAAAGGCGCCUGUCAAACGUUUCCCUAACAGGACUCAGCACUAUUCGGACAGUUUCUGCAGAGACAUCGCCCAGUGUGUCGGAUGAAGCCCUUCUGUCUCCUGUUAGCCCUGGCGGUGAGCAAAAAACACCAUCAGAAUCAUUCACUGGGCGAGAGAAGAGAUCAAAUUCACAAUCCUACAUUGGACGACCUAUUCAGCUUGACAAGAUUCUACUUUCUAAAGUUAAAGUGCCUCACACAUUUGUCAUCCACUCUUACACACGGCCAACAGUUUGCCAGUACUGUAAGAAACUUCUCAAAGGGCUUUUUAGACAGGGUUUACAGUGUAAAGACUGUAGGUUCAAUUGUCACAAACGCUGUGCUCCUAAAGUACCAAAUAACUGCCUGGGGGAAGUUGCCAUUAAUGGAGAUCUCCUUAGUCCUGGGGCUGAGUCUGAUGUGGUCAUGGAAGAAGGGAGUGAUGACAAUGACAGUGAAAGAAACAGCAGUUUUAUAGAUGACAUGGAAGAAUCUAUAGCUCAUGACUCUGAGAUUUCAAUGACGGGAUGCCAUAGUGACAGUGGGGAAAUGCAGGAUCCUGAUCCAGAUCACGAUGAGUCUAACAGGAUGAUCAGCCCUUCAACCAGCAACAAUAUUCCAUUAAUGAGAGUGGUACAAUCUGUGAAGCACACAAAAAGGAGAAGCAGCACAGUAAUGAAAGAAGGUUGGAUGGUUCACUAUACCAGCAAGGACACACUGAGAAAGCGACACUACUGGAGACUAGACAGCAAAUGUAUUACUCUUUUUCAAAAUGAUACUGGAAGUAAAUAUUAUAAGGAAAUUCCACUGUCUGAAAUUUUCUCUCUGGAACCUGCAAAGACUUUCACUUUACUGCCUCAAGGAGCCAAUCCUCAUUGUUUUGAAAUAAGCACAGCAAAUAUAGUCUAUUAUGUUGGAGAAAACAUAGAAAACCUCUCAAGUGUUCCACUGAAUAAUGGUGUUCUCACUAGUGGUAUUGGCAUAGAUGUGGCAAGAAUGUGGGAGAUUGCAAUACAGCAUGCCCUGAUGCCUGUCAUCCCUAAAGGGGCAUCAAUGGGGUCGGGACCCAGCCUACACAGGGACAUAUCCAUCAGUAUUUCUGUGUCAAACUGCCAAGUUCAAGAAAAUGUGCAGGAUAUCAGCACUGUAUACCAGAUCUUCCCAGAUGAGGUGUUGGGAUCAGGACAAUUUGGAAUUGUUUAUGGAGGAAAACAUCGCAAAACAGGAAGAGAUGUUGCCAUUAAAAUAAUAGACAAACUAAGGUUUCCAACUAAACAGGAAAGUCAACUUCGUAAUGAGGUUGCAAUUUUACAGAAUCUUCAUCAUCCUGGGGUUGUAAAUUUGGAGUGCAUGUUUGAGACACCAGAAAGAGUGUUUGUUGUUAUGGAAAAACUCCAUGGAGACAUGCUGGAGAUGAUCUUAUCAAGUGAAAAGGGCAGAUUGCCAGAGAGAAUAACAAAAUUUUUAAUUACUCAGAUCCUUGUUGCUUUAAGACAUCUUCAUUUCAAAAAUAUAGUUCACUGUGACCUCAAACCAGAAAAUGUAUUAUUGGCAUCAGCAGAUCCUUUCCCGCAGGUAAAACUUUGUGAUUUUGGCUUUGCUCGAAUUAUUGGGGAGAAAUCCUUCAGACGUUCAGUUGUAGGAACACCAGCCUACCUUGCUCCGGAAGUGCUGAGGAAUAAAGGCUAUAACAGAUCUCUGGAUAUGUGGUCUGUGGGUGUUAUCAUUUAUGUAAGUCUCAGUGGUACCUUUCCAUUCAAUGAAGAUGAGGACAUACAUGACCAAAUCCAGAAUGCUGCUUUCAUGUAUCCACCCAAUCCUUGGAAAGAAAUCUCUCAUGAAGCUAUUGAUCUAAUAAAUAAUUUGUUGCAAGUAAAAAUGAGAAAGCGCUACAGUGUGGACAAAACAUUAAGCCACCCCUGGUUACAGGACUAUCAAACCUGGUUAGAUUUAAGGGAGCUUGAAUGUAAAAUGGGGGAGCGUUACAUCACCCAUGAAAGUGAUGACUCUCGAUGGGAACAGUAUUCAGGAGAACAUGGACUGCAGUAUCCAGCACACCUUAUCAGUCCAAGUGCUAACCACAAUGAAAACACCACGCUACAAGAAACAGAAAUGAAAGCCCUCAGUGAGCGUGUCAGUAUCCUUUAAGAUGCAUCCCUAUAAUCUGUCAAAACACUGUGGAAUUAAUAAAUACAUACGGUCAGGUUUAACGUUUGCCUUGCAGAACUGCCAUUAUUUUCUGUCAGAUGGGAACAAAGCUGUUAUGCUGUUACACUGUUGAUGAAUCUGAGUUGCCAAGACAAAUCAACAGAAACAUUUUUGUGUGACCAACUGUGUUGUAUUUACAAAAGUUCCCCAGAAACACUAAACUUGUUAUUGUGAAUGAUUCAUGUUGUAUUUAAUGUAUUAAAACCUGUCUCCACGGUGCCUUUUCAAACUAGCGUUUUUCUUACUUGAGCCUUAUUUGGUAAGAGAACUUUCCCAUGAAGAUGUGUUUUUUUUGUUUGUUGUUGUUUUUUGCAUCAUUAGUUUUGUAAUUGUAAGUAAACUCUUGAAGAGUAGGUUAUCACUGCUGUUCUGUGAACAACUACUACUAUUUGGAUAAAAGCUUUAUUUAGUGCAGGGGAAAAAAUAGCAAAAAAAAUAACAGAAUGCAUAGCACUGUACAGUUCCAAAUCGGACAACCUGUGUGUAUGUGUUUGUGUAUAUAAAUAGACACACACAAGGUAUAACCUGCUAUUAAACCUAAAUGCCUUAGUAAUGUUAACUGCAGCAUAUGCCAGUUGUAUUUUGCUUUUUCUCAAAAUAUUCUUCUCUAAUAGGAAUAUUCUGUAAUAUGUACAUUCAUAAUAGGAAUAGUCUGUAAUAUGUACAUUCAGAACUUAGAUAAUGUCAACUUUGUGUAUGUUUUCAAUAAAAGCCUUGUUAAAAUAGUUCA